GGUGUAACAUUCGCGGCAUGGGUUAGCGUUCCAGUGAAACAAUGCUGGCGUUAGUGGGAUUAGAGAUUGGCAACGCUUCACCUGUAAUCGACAUAGGUUUUCCGCAACACUGUGGACAAACUAACACUCGGCAGGGUACCACUGCCUGCACAGGUGUCUAUAGGGGCACGACAACAACUUGACAGGUGCUAGGAUAUUAUGGUCAUCUCCGGAGUCCACUUUCUGGACACAACAUGGACACGGUGUGUAUAGAAAAGGGCAUGGAUGUCAUGCUCACCUCAAAGGCAGGCGACCCAAAUUCUAUACCUCGCGACAUGGACGUGAACAUGCUACCCGAGGUGCCUACAAGCCGUGGACAAGGAUACAUAACACCUGCUGGGCGUGGCGUCUUGGCGGGAAAGUCGCCAGUUCUUCUUGACGACGACACUUACAAAUCCAAACUGAAAUCAGCUCGUGGAAGAUUAGAAUCGUCAAAGUCCAGCUUCCAUUUCCAAAAGUCACGAGGGACGUCAAGCAGCAACCACCACGUUAGUUUCGUUGGAUCCAAGAGUAAAACAUCGUUCCAGCUACCGGUCGUCUACUUUGUUGUAAAAGCGGACAAAGUUCCUUGUCUCCCCGAGAACUAUCCUGAUAAGGGUCAGAGACAAUCGCGGAAAGCUUAUGCAGCGAAAAGUCGUCAUCAGUUUCUUACCAAACGGAGGGAGAAGAAACGUCAGCAUGACGCAGACAUCAAGCAGGUCAAGGCCCUAGGGUCGCAAGUGGGGCUUAAAGUUGAGCAAAUGAAGACAAAUGCUAUUCAGUCCGUCAGUCCUUGGCUUUCGAGACAACCCACUACUCCUUUUAACUCAAUAUCGGAGAGAUCGGAUGUUAGGUCUCAAGAAACGCUGUUUGUUAACGGUGAUGAUCUCUUUGACGAUGAUGAGAACUCUCAAGCAUCUGGGGUUGAUUCGGAUGGCUUCAAUAGGUCUCAAGGGUGCCCUGAAAAACCACACUUCUCAGUCUGUGACACUGGACUACCAGAUCUCAAAUGUAAAACACACAGAUCCGACUCGCCAGAUAGUUGUUCUUCUAGGAAAGUUCAUUUUUCAAAGAAUGUUUCUGGAACCAAAGGUUGCAACAUCCAACUUCCAAGGGUAGAUCAGAGUGCUGAAGACUUUAUAGCUGUUGAGAUCAAGCAACCAGUGGUGCAGCCCAAAGAACCAACACAUAGCAAACUAGAACCAACCCAAGUCAACGACACAUCACCACGCACAAAGCCGAGGCGCGCGGCUAACCCCCUCAAACUUCCUAAAAUCGACAUGCUCACUCCGAUUUACGACGAGCUCAUCCUGAAGACAUUCCAGUCCUUCAUGACAAAGAAGACGCCUUUGUCUGACCGGACGGCAAGAGCACUCCUCCAGAGGGUGACAGCCAUUCUUCACCCAGUCGAUGAUCCACCCCGCCUCCCUGACCAGAAGACCCCUAGUACCAGACCCCAAACCAGACAGACCAGUUUCUUCUCCACUGAGCCAGAAGGCGACAGGUCGGAGCUUGGUUACAUUAACGUGUCAAGUAGUGGCAUGACCGUGGACGGCAAGUCUAUGUCCAUGUUGUUACGUGAUGUUGAGUCUAGACAGAGACGGCUCCAGAUCCACUCCACCUGUUUCCAAAUGGUUCCGCCCGGCCUUAAAAGGGAGGACACGGAAAACCUGCAGACACUCGUGUCUCCGGACAAAAGGCCAGACAUCUACAUCCCUACAUCAUGCUAGGGGUGUUUCAGGACUUAUUCAUGAUAUGUCCACAUACCUUUCCUGAUUUCGGGACUCUGUUGUCAUGGUAAGGUGAGGAGAAGUGAAAUUGGGUUUAACGUCGCGUCCGAGAUUAUUGCACUUAUAUAGAGACGUGCAUGCACGUGUGUGUUUGUGUAGCUGCUUGUACUA